CUUUAUCUGGGCGAUCUUGAGCUGCUGCUGUGUGAUGAUGUGAUGUGUUUUCGUGCUCGCGUCCGGUAAUUUCUACCUCUGGAAAUCAACUCUUUCUUGUUCUCCUUUUGUUUUUGGAUUGAAGGGACUUGCAUUCCUACUGUCUACGAGAUUGUAUUUGAAAGAAUGCAAUCCAUUAAAUGUGUUGUUGUAGGCGAUGGAGCUGUUGGUAAGACAUGUCUUCUCAUCAGUUACACCACAAAUGCUUUCCCUGGAGAAUACAUUCCCACCGUCUUUGACAAUUACUCUGCUAACGUAAUGGUAGAUGGUAAGCCUGUCAACUUAGGAUUAUGGGAUACUGCUGGACAGGAAGACUAUGAUAGGUUACGACCUUUGUCAUACCCCCAAACAGAUGUAUUUUUGAUCUGUUUUUCUGUGGUGAGUCCAGUAUCAUAUGAGAACGUCAGAGCAAAGUGGGCCCCAGAAGUGAGACAUCAUUGUCCAAACACACCCAUCAUCCUAGUAGGAACUAAGUUAGAUCUGAGAGAUGAUCCAGAUACCGUCAAUAAACUCAAAGAUAGAAAUCAGUAUCCAAUCAGAUAUCAACAGGGAAUACAGAUGCACAAGGAAAUCAACGCUGUGAAAUACCUAGAAUGUUCAGCAUUGACGCAAAAAGGACUGAAGAUGGUCUUUGAGGAAGCCAUCAGAGUCUUUCUCUAUCCUCCAAAAGCUCCCAAGAAGCGUAGACAUCAAUGUGCAGUUUUAUGAGUUUGUAUACAUCAGGGCUACCUCUCAUAAAGAGCUGCAAUUGAUUAGAAUUAAUCUUAACUAUGGAAAGCCAGUGAUGUGAUGAUUUAUUCUUUAGAAGGCACCAGGCCUGAUUCUUUGAAAAGCAGCAAGCUUAUUGGUCAAACUGACAUGCGCAUGAACAUUCUUCAUCUCUUAAUGUGACGAUACCCAGUCAUGUAUUUUUCUUUGUGGUGAAUUAUGACAUUGUUGGCUUUCCAUAGCUCUGAUCUAUUGAAUCGAUUGUAACCCUUUUCAAGACGGGCCUACAUGUAGAUAUACUCAGUACAUGAAUCUAGGUAUGAGGAAAAACAACUUGAUUGUAUAUGUAUCUGGUUUCCUCUUAUACAUCAACUCAUUAUGACACUGUAUAGAAAGUUAUGUACUAUUAUGUUAGCGUACUGUGCAGGUUUUGCAUAAAUUGGAAGGAUGUAGUUCUUUCUAU